AAGAUAAGAAAUCCAGAGCGAAUGGUGAGGAUUGCAGUGGGUUACACAGGACACACCCCUCCCAAGAGUGACGACACUGACGCCAGCAAUGAGCCAGGCCAAUUGAAGAUCUACCUUCCUAAGAAGCUGCUAGAGUGUCUACCCAAAUGUUCCUCUCUGCCCAAGGAGCGCCAUCGCUGGAACACCAACGAGGAGAUUGCUGCAUAUCUCAUCACUUUUGAGAAACAUGAUGAGUGGCUGACGACAUCGCCAAAAACCAGGCCUCAAAAUGGCUCUAUGAUCCUCUACAACCGUAAGAAGGUGAAGUACAGGAAAGAUGGCUACUGCUGGAAGAAAAGGAAAGAUGGGAAGACCACCCGAGAGGAUCAUAUGAAGCUCAAAGUGCAGGGAGUAGAGUGUCUGUAUGGCUGCUACGUCCACUCCUCCAUCAUCCCCACCUUCCAUCGUAGAUGCUAUUGGCUGCUGCAGAACCCAGACAUUGUGCUGGUGCACUACCUGAAUGUACCGGCAGUGGACGACAGCGGGAAGCCAUGUGGUCCUGUCCUCUGCUCCAUCAACACAGACAGGAAGGAGUGGGCCAAGUGGAGCAAGGAGGAGCUCAUUGGACAACUCAAACCCAUGUGUGCUGGAAGCAGCCUGCAUCAGAAAUGUUCCAGUGUCAAGCAGCGCAUCAUCUCUUCCAAGCAGGAGUCUGGGGCAGCAGCAGGAGGUGGAGCUGCAGUGGGUACUGGCGUAGCGGCAGGCCAUAGAGCUGAGGAAGCAGAUGGCACAGAGGUCCAGAACAGCGAUGUGUCAGAGGGCCAGACAGAGCCCAGUCCUGGAGGGGGCAGGAGCAGAGCGGGCGGAGGAGAGAGGAGGAAUGGCAGGAUAACCAAACCCUCCUUACUUCCACAGAGCAGCAUGGAGGUGUCCUCCUCCACUUCCACAAACCAGGUGGAGGUCCCUGACACCACCCAGAGCUCCCCAUUGUCAAUCACCAGCGACAUGGCUGACAGCCCCGCUCUCGCCAUCGGGGCUGGCUUGUCACAGAGCACAGCUGUGUUCAUGUCUGAGGUCACCACGCUGACUGGGGAUUCGGUUUACUCUGCUGGCCACACCCACCUGCUGGGAUCCACCCACGAGAGUACCACUGCUGGUAUCCUGUUGGCUGUCGCCCCUGAAAACCAGAGGUUUGCAUCGUUUCCUGGUGGGGUGGGCUUAGGGGAGGGAGGAGAAUUGGUUCUCUCCAGCUCUCUAGACUCUGGUGGAGGAGUCAGCCUUCCCGAAACUACCAUGACCUUUGACCCUGAUUGCUUCCUCAACAAUCCCAAGCAGGGCCAGACGUAUGGAGGAGGUGGAGGGAAGAAUGAGGGUUGUAAUGGUGAGGAUGGAGGACUCCACUGUUCCUCAAACGGCUUUCUCUACAACCCAGCCCUCGUCAACAACAUCAAGACAGAAACCACACCCCUGGAGCAGCCGCUGGCCACUCAGAGUAGCUAUGUGGGAGAGGGGACAGGCCUCAGCCCCAGCACCACCCUGGAGCAAAUGGACUUCAGUGCUGUCAUGUCAUCAGCUUGUGUCCCAAGCCUGAGCCAGACUGCGCACCACCCCUCCCCGAGCCUCUUCCUCCAGGCCUCCACGCAGACAAGCCAGCCCUCCCAGCUGCAGACCAAUGGUACCGAGGCAGCCCAGGAAUCAGGUGACGCACAAGCUUACAUAGGUCUGCCCACAGUGCCAACAGACUCUCCAGUCACCAAUGGAGACCCGCAUACACACCUCCGCCAAGCCAGCCCAGACCAGCAGGCCCUGUGUGGGAGGAACGGACAUGGAGCAGCAGUGGGCUCUUUUCCCCUGACAACACAGGAUACUACCGUCGACCAGUCAGGCAGCAGAGGACAUCGAGAGGUGGGGGGCUUAGACAAGGCUUCUGAGAAUGGAGGAGAGUUACUACUCAAGCCUGGGGAUCCUCAUGAGGCCUAUGCGAGUGUGGACACCGAGCACUACCUGCAACCUACAGAUGACAAUGGAGGAGGAGAAGAGGGUGGAGGACGAGGUGGUGGAGGAGGAGGAGGAGGGGGAGGGGAAAAUGAGAUUCUCUGUAAUGGUGUAAGCUUGUCAGGGGCCAGCAGUUCAGUGGUGGCCAGUCCUCAGUCAUUAGCUGCUGGUGCAAGCAUGGAGGGGGCCCUCUACAGUUCUCCUCUUCCUCAGCAAGGUGUGGGGGUGUCCGCUUCAACAGCUGGGGCAGGAGGACCCAUCAGCCUGGAAGGUUUUGAGGCUUCCUUUGGAAGCCAGUUCUCUGAUCUCAUCAAUGAUUUCAUCUCGGUUGAGGGAUCUGGGGCUGGGGUGGGAGCAGCUGUCACUGGGGUUCUGAUGCCCCAGGAGGGGGCAGCCGGAGAAGAGCCGGGCACAGGAGCAGGCCACCUGCAGGGCUCGGAAGUGGAGCAGGGAGCUCUGGGACUGCUCCAGGAGACUGGGAGGCUGUUUGGUGUGACUGACUACUCCCCAGAGUGGUCUUAUCCAGAGGGUGGAGUGAAGGUGCUGAUCACAGGUCCGUGGUUGGAGUCGAGCAGUGAAUACAGCUGUCUCUUUGACCACAUCAGUGUCCCUGCUGCCCUCAUCCAACCAGGGGUGCUGCGCUGCUACUGCCCAGCCCAUGACACAGGACUGGUGAUGCUACAGGUAGCUAUGGGUGGUGAAGUCAUCUCUUCCUCCGUGGUGUUUGAAUACAAGGCGCGUGACCUUCCUGCACUGCCAUCUUCUCAGCAUGACUGGCUGUCCCUGGAUGAUACCCAGUUCAGGAUGUCCAUCUUGGAGCGUCUGGAGCAGAUGGAACAGAGGAUGGCUGAGAUAACCAAUCAGAACCCCAGCUCAGAAACCAUGGCAACCAAGGGUGGAGGAGUGGAGGGAGGAGGAGCCACUGAUCAGCAGUCUCAAAUUUCUCCUGAUCAGGGUUCAUUCGAGGGUCGUGUGGUGGUGGUAUGUGAAAAGAUGAUGUCCCAGCCAUGCUGGGCUUCUUCUAAUCAGCUCGUACACAGUAAGAACUCCAGAGGAAUGACCUUACUGCAUCUGGCUGCAGCUCAGGGCUAUGCAGGACUCAUUCAGACACUCAUUCACUGGCGCACGAAGCAUGCCGACAGUAUUGACCUUGAGCUAGAGGUAGAUCCUCUCAAUGUAGACCACUUCUCGUGCACGCCACUGAUGUGGGCUUGUGCUCUGGGCCAUACCGAGGCAGCACUGGUGCUUUACCAAUGGGACCCAAGAGCUCUGGCUAUUCCUGAUUCGUUGGGACGCUUGCCACUCAACAUUGCUCGAUCCAGGGGCCACACUCGAUUGACUGAGCUCUUAGAGCAGCUGCAACAGACUCCUCAAGCUCAGGGCCAGCCUGCUGAUACUUGGAUGGACAGGUGGAGAGGAGAAUCACAGACCAGCGGAAUAAGCAACAGCCCCACUCCAAACCCUAACUCAGAGCUGAGGAGAGGCAGGACAGAGAGCCAGCCAGACAACCAGAACCAGACCUGGAGCCAAACAGGACACAGAGCCCCACAGGGAACCCAGGGAGAACAGGGAGGUCCACCCCCCGCCAAGAGACUCAAACCCAGCCCCGACACACAGCAACAGCUAGCUAACUCAGCCCCCAGCACCAACACCCUCAACUCCCUCCUCAACACCUCACCAAGUCCGCACCCUCAGUGUUCUCUCCUCCCCAACACCCUACAAACUCAACCCUCCAACCUCAGCUGUCAGAACGCACCUCCUGCUAGUUCAGGCUCAAACCGGCCCCAGCUCCCCAGCACCCCAUUCUCCCACCUGCAGGCCAGGAUAGGGGGGUCUGGAGGGGGCACCAGGUGGAGUCUGAGACAGACUCUGGGGCAAUGUAGCCUAGCUAGGAGGAUUCUAGGAAAAGAGCGACUGGCCGUUCACCUGCGCCAAAGAGUGCUGUCUGACAGGGGAGAGGAGACAGAGCUGCUGACCUAUCAGGAUAACACUGAGGACUUGCAGAUGGACAUUACAAUGCUAGCUGAUCACAUCAUGGAGGCUUCAACUGGUAGGCUUAAACAGGACGCUAUGGAGACUGAAACAGACUCUGGGAAGGUUGGGAUCAGCAGUGAUGUCAGGUUACUGUCUAGUUACCUCGGUGAGGUGGAGAGGUUUCUGAACUCCAAACCCCAGACUCCUAGCCCCAAACCAAAUUUUCUCUCAGGGCCCGAGGUUCAGCAUAGACCUCAGGCUAAGCAAGCCCCAUCCUCCCCCUUUGACCUGACCUCCUUCCUCUGUGCAGCUAUGAAAGAGGAGAGGUUGAAAACUGACUCCUCCUGUCUAGCCAUGACUGAAGCAGAGCAGAGAGAUCUGUAUGAGACCAUCAGGCAUGCCCUGCACUCCCUCAGAAAAUACAAGGGUCCCAUUCAGGAACAAUGCAAAGAGAUAUCAGCAGUGAUUCAGCGCUGCUAUAAGAGAUACAAGCAGUAUGCACUUUAUAAGAGGAUGACCCUGGCAGCCAUCCUGAUCCAGAGUCGUUUCCGGAGUUUCCAUGAGCAGAGGAAGUUCCAACAGAGUCGUAGAGCAGCGGUCCUCAUCCAGCAAUACUACCGCUCCUACAGACACUCCCUCAGCAGCCUCCUAACUAAAAAACAGAACCAGGCUGCUCGCAAGAUCCUGAGGUUCCUGCUCCGAUGCCGCCACAGGGCCAGAGAGCAGAGAAAGGCCAGGGGUCCUGAGAGCCCACCGCCAGGCCCCACACACAGCCCCCUCAGCCUGUGAGAAAUCUA